GUCAUGCACUCUGUGUGUACGCGCGCGGAGCCUAGGGCGAUUUACCUAGCCCGGGCGGAUUCCAACAAGGCUUUGAACCAGUUACAUUGUCAUUCGACUUCAUCAAAAAUAAUUGCAAUGGCUCCCCGCUGCGAUAUUUGACGUUGAAGACAGUAAAGGGUCUGAAUAUUCAUCAGGUUCCAGGGGCUCCUGGGUACCGAGGGGGAUGAGGAGUGGUUCCUCAGGAACCGUGCAGCAGCGACAAAGGCUCAAUUUUCGCCUUUUACUGUGGAUCGCUGAACAGGUUCCAAUAGUCUUCAGCUGAGAACAAGAAAUACCAUCAUGUCUGAAAGUCCAGAAGAGGAGCCGAGCCCGGGGGUCUUGGGGCGAAUCGGCAGCUGGUUCUCUCCGUGGAAGUCACAAAUCCCCAGGGAUCUUGAAAUCGAGAAUGCCACCAAAGCGAGCGAGCAGGGCCCUGUGCCAGACACUGACGCAGCGAAGGGAGGAGCCGCACGGGCUGAGCCUGUGAGAGAGCCCGCCGGAGGAGGCUGGCAGAGGAAGUUGGGGACAGGCGCUCGGAGCUCAUACCCAGAGCGGUCGCGCCUCUCCAGGGAUCUCUCCUCCUCCACGAAGGAGGACGCCGCCCGGUCUGCCCGCAGAGACGGCCCCCUCUGGUCCACCGACUGGGAGCCAGCAGAACCAGGGCCCAAGGAGGAGGAGUUUGUGGAUGCUAGGGAGUUUCUAGAGGGGAGGAGAGGACAGGGCUGGGAGCGGGAAGGAGGUGGCCACCGUGGGACGCCACUGACAGGAGAUCCCAGUUUGGAGCACAAAGCCAGUCCUCUGACGCCUCGGUCUCGCACGCGUGUGCUCGGAGCGGUGGGGAAGCUUGACGCAGUCCACAACCCGGCUCAGAGGAACACACUCAACCACUCAGGCAAGAAGCUCCACGUGUACUUGGAGGAAGAGACAAGUGUGAUUAACAGCGGGAACAACUCAUGCACCGGGCAGGAGGUGGUUCGCGUCAGACUAGAGAAGAGCUUCGAUGUUCUCGCCAAGACCAAGUCACUGGACGCUCUCAAUUCACCACGGAGCAGCGGCCCGGAGCGGCGUGAGAUCAGGAACAGGUUCUGUCUGAGUGCCCCGGUGGAUCUAAAGCUCACUGCCCACUCAGACACCCACUGGGAGAGCCCUGAGACAGAAUCUGAGGAGACAGAAUCAGACAGGAUGGGGCGCAAAAACACCAGCCGGAGAAAGUCCAGGAAGCUGUCUCAGGGAGACGUGGAGGGAAACUCCCAAGAGAACACUCCUUCCAAUGCGUGUCAGGCACUGUCAGGCUCCCCCUCUGCCUCAGGUGGAACGUUGUUGACCAAAGCUCCAGGGGUGGAGACUCACCUGGGGAGAGCAGCAGGAAACUCCGCCUCCAGUCAGAGCUUAUCUGAGGGAGGGAAAAACAAGACUUCGCCCACAGCUAUUCAUAGAGAAAUUCCUCUGGGUAAGCAGCCAAAGGGACGUUUAGGCGCCGAUACUACCAGUUGUACUGGCACCAUCGUGGCUGCAGUUGAUGGAGAGGAAGACAUGGAUGAAAAAUUUAAGUUGGAGAGGAAAACUGAAACAGCAGAGUCCAAACGCAAGAGUAUUAAGGUCUCCAGAAGUGAGGUGAAGAUAUUUUCAAAGAAUGUUCUUGUAAACGCUGAUUCACAAUCUGGGCCCAGAAGUGGAAAUGUUUCCGAGAACUUUCAUUCAGGAUUAUCAAAACCUCAAGAUGCAGUCAAGGAUAAUUCUGAAACAGAGGUCCUUGCAAGAAAAGGGAACCUGGGGAUACUGGAGGAGGAACCUAAGGCCGUAAUUGCAGGUCGGAUUGCAGAUAAGAUCAGCGUCUUCGAGGGACAGAGAGUGGGGGCUGUGAAGAAGACCUUCCAUGCUACAAGGAGUGCGGAUGUCUCUCCGAUCAGGGCCGCCUCUAGAUCACUAAAGGAGGACGACGUAGAUGGAGGCAACAGGUCCAAGUCAGAGGAGCGCCUUGAUGACGGCAGGUCAAGUUCAGCCCCACCUGAGAAGGCAAGGACUGUUAAGGAACGGGCGAGAAACAUAGAGGCAUGCAAAUCCGAAAACAAAACACCAAUGUCUCCAAAGGUUGCAAUUCCAGGAAUGUCUCUAAAAACCUCCUCUGUGUCUUUGAGAGCCGCGUCAAAGCCAUCCCAACUGGACAUUCAGGACAAACAGGCUGUCAACGAGAAAACACCAACUGCACUCAUAUCCGAGAUAAGAUCCAAACACGAUGUCCCAGAUGGCACCGUUGAGGCUGUGAAGCUUUCAGGUCCUGAGCAACUGCAGGCAGACUCUGGAACUAUACACCCCAAAGAACUCACAGAGGGGAAGGAUCUACUUACGACAAAGAACAAGAUUGAAUCAGAUAGACCAGUGCCUGCUGACUCUGAUGAACAUGCUAAUGAGAUUAACCCCGAGGCUAAAACAUCUAGCAAGACGGGUACCCGCUCUAAGAAGAGGAGGAGUAGAGACCUUACCAGUCCUCCGAAUGGUACGAAAUCUGACGGUUCAAACGAUAAGUCCUUGCUGACUUCCAGCCAACAGGAAAAGGUGUCUGCCAGCAUUGGGCCGUGUUCACCCGUGCUGACUCUAACAGAUCCAGGCAUGGUUCAACCCAAUAAAUCUCUCGGUAAAACUGCUGUGGAAAAACACCACGCCACUGGUUCCACCCAGCAGGUUUCAGGCAAGACAGUACAGGCUCCAGAUAAAGUGCCGGGCUCUAAGGAUGAGGGCAGAGACCAAUUACUAAAGGGGCAGGGGGGAUUGUUGAAAUCUGUCACUAAAUAUAAAGGGCCCGAUACUGACACUUCCCAACGCAGAACAAAGCAGCCUUCUGAUGUAGGUCGUUUACCUGGGAAAAUAGACCCAGUAUCUGAUCAGAAGGGGGAAGGGGUUUCAAAGGGCAAUAGUAAAGCAGUCCCCUCCCCCACAUCCUCGAUAGUAGAACAACCGCUCAUUGAGAAACCACCAGCAGUGGAGCAAGGUGCACCAGUUGCUCCUGUUAAAUCAGAGAAGCCUCCAAGUCAGGCUGAAAGCAAAGCUAAAGGGAGUGUUAAACAACAAGUGGCAAAAACAGAGGCCAUCGAUCAAAGUGAAGAUGGAUGUAAACAGAAAAAUGUACAAUCGAAAAAGAAUGACACCAAAAAUGUUCCUCAUGUUAAGGACCAGGCCAGAGAAAACGUUCAAGAACAACAACUACCGAAGCAGCAGCAAAUUAGUGUGGAUAAGGUUACCACAAAGGGAACGGCUUCAAACAGUCGAGAGACCACCACAGACACAGAGAAAAGUAAGGCUGAGACUGGGAAAAAAGGAGGAGACAAGCCCUCCAAAAACACUUUAAACUCGGAGCCCAACCAGUCAGAGGCGAUGAAGAAAGCAUCUCCCCCAAAGCAGUCUGUUGAUAUACCUGCUCUUGUGAGGGAGUUACCCACCGCCAAAGGUGGAGGAGUGAAUGAGAGGGCGGCCCCUGCAGACACCCACACUGUGCGUGUGAGUGACAGUGAUAAGGGGCCUGUCAAACCAGCCAAGUUGCAGAGGACUACAAAUGAGCCAAAAAAGGAUUCUGCAAAAGUCAGCAACAAAGAAACAAAGGCAGCAGUGACCGCAGUGGAACUACAGUCUGAAUGUUUGCCUGUAGGAAAAACAGAGACAUUGGCUGAUGACUCACACACACAAGAAGCUGGUGGUUUAGUUGCACAAGAGGCAUUUGGUUCUGAUCUACCGGUUAAAACAGGCACGGCGGUGAAACACGUGCCUGAAAAAAAAAAACCUCUGCCUAAUGUUAAAUCUGAUGGCAGAGAAAAGCCAGAAAAGCCCAAAUCAGUUGAAAAUAUAAUUUCUCCUCACACUACCCUCCCUAAGCCUAUCAGCCAAGAUGUGGCGGAAAAACCAACUGGGAAUAAAAGCAUGACUAACAGUUCUUCAACAACAGGGGUCGAAAGCUCUCCGAAGAUAAUGACUGACCCGUCUCACGCGGCACAGCUUAAUGAUUCACAAAAGCUACACCAUACAGUGAAUACUGUCGGAUCAGCUGCGGCCACACAGGAAGUGGAGCAGAGUCCAUGUGAUAAUAAAGUUACUGUACCUAGCGUCACAAACACUAAGGAGACGGAGACAGUCGAUAAACGAAACCUUGAACAACCGGUGAUAUCUUUGCCCGUUGUUAUGGAAGAUAUCACUCUAAUAUCGCAGCCUGUCAACAAUAACCCCGGGUCAGCCUCGUGUGCCCCUGAGACUGCUAAACAAUCUCCUGGGAAAGAAAACAUUGAAAGUGGCCCAGGCUCUCCCCAGCGCUCUCCUCAGACCAGGCUGACUCUGCCAAGGGGGCUGGGAGCAGGCGACUCAUCGCCCCAGCGGGACGCCCCCUCCAGCUGGCUGGAUGUGGACUUCCCCAAGCAGAGGCUGAGGCUCCCGGAUCAGCCUCCGAGGCUGGGCUACUCCUCCAGCGAGAGCAACCUCCUGGACACGGCGGGGGAGUUGGGCGACGACGACUUUGUGGAGAAGAUCAAGAACCUCUGCGCCCCCUUCUCCAUGCCGCCGCGCAAACACAGCCACCUGCGGCCGCCGCAGCCCCCGUUCGCCAUGCCCGCCAUCAGGGAGGACCGCUUCGAGAAGACCUUCGACCCCGAUCAGUUCCAGUUUGGGCUGAGGAAGAAAACGGCCAAAUCGGGCCCCAGUCUGCUGGCCAAGCUCCAGAGCAACGAGACCAAAGCCAGCCUGAAGCCCGCCAGGGCUAGCAUAGCGGACCGGUGCAUCCUGCUCAAUAGCAUGGACACACGCUCCCGGCUCAGGGAGAGGAGCUUGGCCCACGAGGAGAAAGAGGAAGGGGAGGAGGAGAGGACAACGACAUCAAACGAAAAGGAAGAGAAGAAAGAGGAGACCAAGGUGAGGUCUCGCUUGGAGGGAAGCAGCAUCCUCAGCAGCCUGAGUGCUUCCAGUGCCAGAGGGAAGAGAACCGGUCUGGAGGCCCUCCCCCUCUCUGGGGUUGCAACAUCUAGCGAAGGCCCCCAGAAUAGCCUGUCCCCUGGAGCUUCCGCACCGCUCCUGCCUAGCCCUACCUCCCCAGCUCCAUUGGCUGAGGUCUUGGGCAGCCACCACCCAGCGGCUCUUGCUGGCAGUAGUGGCACCCAGGCUGGGCAGGCUCUGGUCGGUGAGUCAGCUCCACUGCUUCCCUCCUUUAACGACAUCAAGCUGCCCGACUAUUUGGAGAAGUACCUCCCUCGAGAAGGCGAAGCAGGAAGGGAACAAGUCAACCCAGAGAAGCUUGGGGUCGUGAUGUCAUCGGCAGCCCUCGAGGUUGCAACAGAAAUGAAGAAGAAGCCCGGGCUCCCGGUCACUGGUGGAAUGCUGCCAUGUCUACCUGCAACCCCCGCAGUCCCACCCCCUGCACAAACCAAGCCCGCUGCGCCCUCCCGGCUUCCCCCAACAAAGCCGCUACCACUCCCACAUGGGAUGCACACUGCUGAUACCGGAGUCCCAAAAGGACCUCACAGGCGUCCAGGAAAGAUGGUGCUGUUUGAGAAGGCUCCGUUCGGCGGCCAGGCCUACGAGGUGUUCAGAGACCUCGAGGACGCCACCGCUCUGCAGCUCUCGCCCGUCAUCUCGGUCAGGGUCGUCCGGGGCUGCUGGAUCCUCUAUGAGAGCCCUGGGUUCAGGGGCCGCUGCGUCGCGCUGGAGGAAGGCGGCCUGGACCUGAGCAACGUGUGGGCACCGCCAGACACGGGGGCGACGCCGCGCAAAGACCCUGCCAUGCUAAUUGGAUCUAUUCGACUGGCUGUCUGUGACUACGUUCUCCCCCACAUCGACUUGUUUACGGACCCUGAGGGUCACGGCCGGGUGACCCCCUACCACGACGACACCGUAGAGAUGGGCACCUUCGGUAUCGCACAGAGCACCGCUUCAAUAAAGGUCCACUCGGGGGUGUGGCUGGUGUUCAGCGAUCCCGGGUACCAGGGCAUGCUAGCCGUGCUGGAGACCGGAGAGUACCCCUUCCCCGAGUCCUGGGGCUUCCCCUCGCCCUUCAUAGGCUCUCUCAGGCCCCUCAAGAUGGGAGCUUUUAAAGUGGAAUAUCCCAAUGAGGUCAAGGCGGUGCUGUAUGAGAGCCCUGGCUUUGAGGGCCCCAGCGUGGAGAUCGAGAGCGACUUGUUCUGCUUUGAGAGGGAGGAGGAGGAGGGGGGAGAGGAGGACAAGGCCCUGACCUCAACCAAACUCACGUCUGUGGGCUCCUUGAAGAUAAUCGGUGGACUCUGGGUGGGCUACAGCCAGCCAGGGUUCGAGGGCCGGCAGCACGUCCUGGAAGAGGGGGAGUACCUGGACUGGGGCGACUGGGGAGGGGGGUCCGAACACUUCCUGUCCCUGAGGCCCGUCCAGGCGGACUUCAUCUCUCCGCACCUCAAAAUGUUCACAGACGAGGACUUCGGGGCGCACGGGGCGCACAUCGACCUCACCGUCCCCGUGCCCAGCAUGGAGCUGACAGGCUACGGCCUGCGGACCAAGAGCGUCCACGUGGUGGACGGCGUGUGGGUGGUGUUUGAGGAGCCAGACUUCUGCGGGGAGGCGUACGUGCUGGAGAAGGGUCUGUACGGGAGCCCGGAGGACUGGGGCGCCAUGCAGCCGCUGGUCGCCUCGGUGAUGCCCAUCGUGCUGGACAACUUGGGAAACUCUGCCAAAUUCAAGGUGCAUUUGUUCUCCAAGGAGGACUUCCAGGGCUCGGAGGCGGUUCUGGAGGACAGCGCCGAGGCGCUGCAGCCGGGGUUCUCUGUGGCAUCCUGCAGGGUGCUGGCGGGCAGCUGGCUGGCCUUCGAGGGGGCUGGCUUCAGCAGCAGGAUGUACGUGCUGGAGGUGGGCAGCUAUGCGGACCGGAGGGCGAUGGGCUGUGUGGACACCCACGCCAACAUCCUGUCACUGCAGACCGCCGGCUUUGAGUUCUCCCUGCCGUCGGUCACGCUGUUCGAGCGUGCGGGCCUGCGGGGGAAGCGAGCCAUGCUGACGGCCGGCUCUGUCAACCUCCAGCUGGCCGGAGCCUUCAGCCGCGUGCAGUCGGUCCUGGUGGAGGGGGGCAUGUGGGUGCUGUACAAGGAAAUCAGCUACAGAGGAGACCAGAUUCUGCUCAGGCCAGGGGAGGUCCCCGAUUGGCGCGGCUACAGCAGCUGGCACAAUAUCGGGUCCCUUCGGCCGCUAGUCCAGAAGCAGGUGUACAUCCGUCUGAGGAACCGCGGCUCGGGGCUGCUGAUGGGGGUGACCGGGGAGCUGGAGGACCUGAAGCUGAUGAGGGUCCAGGAGACGGAGGAGACGGGCGGGGUGGAGCAGGUCUGGGUCUACCAGGACGGACACCUCCGCUGCAAGCUCCUGGAGGAGUGCUGUCUGAGUCCGAGCGGCACCAUGACGAUGGCGGGGAGCCGCCUGGGCCUGUCCCCGGAGCCCGAGGGCCUGCAGCACCUCUGGAGCAUCAGCCCCGACGGCAAGAUCCACCACGUGGGGCCCGCGGGCCUGCUGCUGGACGUCAAAGGGGGGCAUAACUACGACAAAAACCAAGUGAUUCUCAGCACCUUCGACCCGAAUAAGCCGACCCAACAGUGGGAUGUGGAGAUUGUAUGAAAGACUUUUGAGCUACAGGAUUGACCCCGGAUGUCCUGUGUGGAGCUCCGCCCUCCGUGCGGUGGGGCGCAGAAGCAGGAGGGCCCCCGUCAGUUCUGAGACCAGGGGCCACACCAGGAGUACGACUGCCUUUAGCUGCUGGACUAUGAAGCAAGCGGGGAUUAUGGGAAAUGUGGUUACAACUACGAAGCACGCAAUGAAGCAAGACCAAGGAAUGAGACUAUGGACUCUUCUUGCAUCAGUACUUGAGAUAUAUUUUCAGUAGGUCUUCUUUUAUCAUUGAGUAUCUCAGUUUUAUGGUUCUAUAUUUUUCAUGAAUAGUCGGUUUGGAUUCUUUGAUAAACAAUAUAAUUUUCUUUGGACCUUUUUUCAAUACAUACAGUAUUUAACUUCAUCAGUGUGCCUUACAUCCCUGAAGCAAUAAAAAAAAAACUGCCUUUUCUUGAAAA